GAAUUUUCAAACAAUUCUCUAUUACUCCAUAUCUUCAUCUCGCAAAUUCUAACAUUACUUUAACCUUUUACAUAGAAUAUCAAACAAACCCGUAAAUUUUUCUGUCAUGGAAAACUUCAAAUUCGACGAACUUCCACAACUUUCAGAAACCCUAUUUUCCGGCAUUUCAUCUUCGAAAAUUAUACCAGAAAUUGAUCCAUCAAGUGUUAUGGAACAAAAGCCCUUGAAUGAAGGAUUUAAAGAUUCCCAAAUGAACGAAUCUCAGGAUAUUUCAGGGGAUUUUAUGGUUUGUGAUUCAAGUUCAAGACUUGUUACAAGUGGGUUUUCAAGAUUGUGUUGUACAGAGGACAUUGUCACGUUUGUUAAUUCUGGCUGUGAGACUUCAAGACAAACCGAAUUGGGUCUAGAAUUUUCAGCUGAUGUUCAUUAUCAAGGCGGCCAUGCUGAACGAACCGAUGAAUGCAUAAGUGAUGGCGGUGAUUACCCAUUCAUAUAUCAAUCUGCACGGCUUGGGAACUGUAGUUACCAGUUCAACAAUCUUCCUCCCGGGGAAUACUUUGUCAACCUUCACUUUGCUGAGAUAAUAUAUACCUUUGGACCUCGAGGAAUGAGAGUAUUCAAUGUCAUGAUUCAGGAUGAGAAGGCUCUUUCUGAUUUUGAUAUAUUUUCUGUGGUUGGAGCAAACAAGCCACUUCAGCUAGUGGACUAUAGGAUCACAGUUAAGGAGGAUGGUAUGAUGGUAAUAAGGUUUGAAGGUGUUCAAGGAAGUCCAGUAGUAAGCGGGAUUUGCAUUCGCAAAGCACCGAAAUUGGCUGUUUCUCAGGAGACACAGGAAUCAUUUAGGUGUCAGAACUGUGCUGCUGAGAUUGAAGUUCCUUUAGUUCAGGAAAAAGGCAACAGACUGAAAGCAACGGCUAAGUAUGAGAAGAAGAUCAAAGAGUUGAGUGAGCAGUGCCAGCGUAAAACAGAUGAAUGCUAUCAAGCCUGGAUGUCCUUAACAGUAGCAAAUGAGGAGCUGUCGAAGGUUAGACUGGAGCUUGAAACCACAUCCUUCCAGACUGUUUCCUUAGACCAGACUGUGAAGAAACAAGAUGAGAAGUUAAAAGCUUUAUCUGGUAGGUAUGAACAUGAUAAGAAGUUGUGGAUGAUGGCAGUUUCUGGUUUAGAAGAAAAAAUAAAGAAUAUGAAGAAGGAACAUGCACAACUUGCCCAUGAUGCACAUGAGUGCGCUGAUUCAAUUCCAGAUCUAUCCAAAAUGGUUUCAGGGGUUCAGAUGUUAGUUGCUCAGUGUGAGGAAUUCAAGCAGAAGUAUAUUGAAGAACAAAAGAAGCGAAAAAAGCUUUUUAAUGAAGUUCAAGAGGCCAAAGGAAAUAUCAGGGUCUUCUGCCGUUGCCGCCCCCUGAGCAAGAAGGAGCAAUCAGCUGGUUACACUACUGCGGUGGAUUUUGAUGGAGCCAAAGAUGGAGAACUUGCAAUUUUGAUGGGGGGAUCAAAUAAGAAGAUGUUCAAAUUUGACAGAGUUUACACGCCAACGGAUGAUCAAGUUGACGUCUUCAUGGAUGCUUGUCCUAUGGCAACAUCGGUUUUGGAUGGAUACAAUGUCUGCAUUUUUGCUUACGGACAAACUGGAACCGGAAAGACUUUCACAAUGGAAGGCACAGAGCAAAACCGUGGUGUGAAUUAUAGGACUCUUGAGCAGUUGUUCAAAAUUUCCCAGGAGAGGAGGGACACCUUUACCUAUGACAUAUCAGUUAGCGUUCUUGAAGUCUAUAACGAACAGAUUAGGGAUCUCCUGGAUACUUCAACAUCUAAAAAGUUAGAGAUAAAGCAGGCCUCUGAAGGAUCACACCAUGUUCCGGGAAUUGUUGAAGCAAAAGUGGAGACUAUAAAGCAAGUAUGGGACGUACUGCGGAAUGGGAGCAAUGCAAGGGCUGUUGGAUCCAAUAAUGUGAAUGAGCAUAGCAGCCGUUCUCACUGCAUGCUUUGCAUAAUGGUAAAAUCAAAGAAUAUAAUUAAUGGGGAAUGCACAAAAAGCAAGCUUUGGCUUGUAGAUUUGGCUGGUAGUGAGAGGCUUGCAAAGACAGAAGUGCACGGUGAUAGACUGAAGGAAGCUCAGAAUAUAAAUAGAUCGUUAUCUGCUUUAGGAGAUGUGAUAUCUGCUUUGGCAAAUAAAAGCAGUCACAUUCCAUACAGGAAUUCCAAAUUGACACAUCUGCUGCAGGAUUCAUUAGGAGGUGAUUCGAAGACAUUAAUGUUUGUACAAAUUAGCCCGUCAGAGCAUGACGUAGGAGAGACCUUGAGCUCAUUGAACUUUGCCAGUCGGGUCCGAGGGGUUGAAUUGGCCCCUGCUAGAAGGCAGGUUGACACAAGUGAACUUCAGAAGACAAAGAUACUGCUUGACAAAGCACGACAAGAAUCCAAAGCCAAAGAGGAAUCGAUAAGAAAGCUAGAAGAGACCCUCUUGAGCUUUGAAAAUAAGGCUAGGAGCAAAGACCAGACUUAUAAGAAUCAGCAGGAAAAGAUUAGGGACCUUGAAGAACAACUUGGGUUGAAGGCAGCUUCACAUAGUCACUCGGAAAAGCAACUCCUACAACUUCAAGAAAGGUUGAAGGGAAGGGAAGAAACUUGCGCAGCGCUCCAACUUAAGAUCAAAGAGCUAGAGGACAAGCUUAGAGAGCAGCAACAGCACGAUUCUGCGUCUCUACAGAAGGUGAGGAGGGAUCUUGAACAGAAGCUAAAAGAGCAAGUGCAUGAAUCUGAAUUACAUUCCCUUGCUCUUCAACAAAAGAUUAAAGAACUGGAGCAAAAAAUAGAGCACGAAAGAAAAACGGAUUCAUUACUGCUUCAACAAAAGGUCAAGGAUCUCGAGGAGAAGUUGAAGGAACAAGAGCGACAAUUAGAACAAAGGAUACUGCAACCUCUAGACAAUGCUGCUGAAGUAGCCGGAGCAACUCCUGUUGUAGGAGGCAGGCCGUCUUUGCAAGAUGAAACAAUGAUCGAGGUAGAUCCAUUUAUUUUACGAAGCUCAAAUUCCUCAAAUAGGAUGAGCCACGGUUGCACAUAUUCUAGAAAAAGUGAAGUUAUAAUAGAAACGCGAAGGAAACGUGGGUUCAGAAGUGGAGAGACGGAAAACCAAAUGCCAGCACCAGCUGGCUUACAUGAAAAGAAGAUCAGGAAAUCCGACCCACCUAAGCCGUUUCUUACAAAGAGCAAAAGACCAGUGGCUCCCCCUCAAAGGCUCUCUGGUCAGAGUAGGGUAACCAAAGAAAAGGAUAUUAAGAAGAAAUGGUGCUGAUUCUCAUUCUUUUAGGUAAGAAUGUCUAACUUGGUGAAGACAACUAACCCAUGUUGUCUAUUUAGUGUGUAAUCUUCAUUUGAGCUACUCAGUGAGUGUGUGCCUUUGUACUUUAAUAGUUUUUCCUCUUUUCUUGUUCCCUUUUUGAUUUGUAAGUGCAAACAUUGUUUUAUACUCCUAGAUAUUCUUAACAUAAUGUUGCUAACAAUUCUCAGUUUUACUAUUUUAGGAAUUAAGUUUUUUUCCUUCCUUUCUCAC